CCUGGAUCGCCAAGAUGGCUGCAUCACCGGAGGGUAGCGGUCCGACCACUCCCACUUCUAAACCGCUAGAAAUCAGAACCAAGUCCGUGGAACAAACACUAGUACCCCUCGUCACCCAGAUUACUACACUAGUCAACCAUCAAGAGAAGAGAAUCAGGAGAACAGAGAAGGCCUGUCGUGCUGUCCAGCGGGUGGGCGAGGCGGUCAGUCUGGCCGUGGACCGCUUCGUGACGGUCGGCCAGGCCAUCGGAGACCAGAACCAGGAAAUCAGACAGGAAAUGUACGAUGCCUGUCAGGAAGCCAGAGCAGCAGGUGACAGUAUUGCUACCAUCACAAAUGUCCAGUACCAGCCUGGUGAUGAGGAGCUACUGUUUAAGGAUAAGAGUCAGAUGGUACGAGCAGCUCGGGCCCUGCUGUCAUCUGUAACUAAAGUACUCAUGGUGGCCGACAAGGUCACGGUCAAACAGCUCUUAUGUGCCAAAGACAAGGUUCUGUCCAGCCUAGUGAAUCUGGAGGAGGUGUCCCACUUCUCUGAGUUUGUUCAGUUGUUCAGUCAGUUUGGGACAGAGAUGGUGGAGCUGGCUCAUCUGUCAGGAGACAGACAGGCAGACUUGAAGGAUGAGCGGGCGCGAGCAAAGAUGGGAGCAGCUCGGGCAGUCCUGGAGAGAUCUACAAUGAUGCUGCUUACUUCCUCUAAGACCUGCCUGCGGCACCCUGACUGUGACCCUGCCAUACACAACAGGACCAGUGUGUUCCAGCAGAUGAGAGAAGCCCUGUCUGCCAUGGAGAGAGUUGUUACUGAGGGCAGCUGGCUGCAGGACGACGACAGUCUCAUGUCACCUGUCUGUCUCCACAGUGUGGUCAAGCAGUUUGAAGAUGCUGUAGAGAGAACCAGAGUGACCCUGGUGCAGCCCACAGACAAGGAGAAGUUACAGGACAGUCUGGAGGUGAUCAUCGACCAGGCCAACGACUUCACUGACUCUGCCUACACCUCACACGAGCACAGGGAGAAGAUCCUGGCACUGUGUGACAAUGCUCGCAUGGAGUUACAAGCCUUACUGCAGGUGGACACAAACAAUCCGUUCUCCCGCAGAAGACGCCUCCACAUGCACCCAGCCUUCCUCCCUCCUGGUCUGUGGAACAGGAAGGACCAGGGUGGGAAACUGGACACCACAGAGGAACUGGAGACAGCCAUCAUCAAGACAUGCAAGUCUAUGAAGGAGCUGAAGAAACAGCUCCAGAACACUGCACUUGACCAAGCAUCAGAGAUCUUCAAGACCAAUGAAGACCAUGAUAUCCUGUCAACCCUGAAGCUGUCAGGAACUCAGGGUGAUGCAGACAGGAUGGAGGAAUACUGUGGAAAAUUUGCCGAACAUUCAGAACAGCUCAUUGAGGCCUGUAGACUGCUGAGGCACAUCGCAGGGAAUGACCCACUCUACAUCACAGCCUGCCAUGCAGACAGCUGCAUCAGGAACCUCAGUCCUCAGUUGGUGACGGCAGCACAGACCCUUGUGGCAAACCCGGCCUCCAAAAUUGCGAGGGAAAACCUGGAUGUUUUCUGUGACGCGUGGGAGUCCCAGAUCAACGAGAUGUCAGUACUGGUCAAAGAAAUCAACGACUUCUGCUCAGGCAGGAAGGGAGAGAAGACAGUGUACUUGUCACUUCCCAGGCCAGGGAAACAUGGAACCACCUUGAAGACAAUCAAACCAGUAAAGCUGGAUGCUGAGGAACAAGCCAAGAUCGCCAAGCUGGGUCUGGAGAUGAAACUGAUGACAUCUGAGCUGGACGCAGAGACAGAGAAAUGGGAGGAUCCUGACAAUGACAUUGUGAAGAAGGCACAGAACAUGUCCAGCAUGUCUUACUCCAUGUACCUUUUCACAAGGGGAGAAGGUCCGCUGAAGACGACCCAGGACUUGUUCAGCCAGGCUGAGCACUUUGCUGAAGAGGGAAACAAGCUGUUCAAAACUGUGAAAGAUUUCUCAGAAGACAUCCCAGAUGGUGUCCACAAGGCAGAAUUGUUGGCUCACCUGGACAAGAUCCCAACAUUCUGUCAGCAGCUCAACUUCACUUGUAAAAGCCCAACAGUUGGGAAACAAGCCACAUUCACCAAGGUUGACAGUGCCAUUCAAGAGACAAAGAACCUGAUGAACACUGUGGCCAAAGUGGUGACCACUUGCUUUACUGCUGCCACUAAGUAUAACCUGGACACGGGGUCAUCACCGGUCAACAGAUGGAGAAGUGGUCCUCCUCCACCAAUGGAUAUCAGGACUAGGAGGAACGGAGAGGAGGGGACACCGCCACACACUCAGGAGACAAGAAUGAACAGCCUUCUGAGGAGCAAGGCUGUGCAGCAGCCAAUACAAACAAUCAAUGCUUUUGAGAGGAUUUGAGCCACAGCCAAUCAAACAGCAGCCUGUGGAGCAACCAACCAAUCAGAUUGCUUCCUGCAGGAUGUUCAGCUUUCAGAGCCUAUAUAACUGGAACAGUUCAUGUUCUAAUGACCACAGAUAAGUGCUAUACUGAACUGUUCAGCAUUCAGUCAAUGCAAUGUCUUCAAGUAAAUGGCUUCAUUUAAGCUUCGGUCACAACCCGCCGU